AUGAGGUUCAAGGCUGGUUUAAUCUACUUGUCCAUGGUAGCUUGUUUUCUUCCCCCUCCCUUCUACUUUGUAUCUUGUUUGAACUCCGACGGUCAAACAUUAUUAUCGCUCUCAAGGCGCUGGAUUACCACACCCCAGUCAAUCUUGUCAUCCUGGAAUGCUUCUGAUGCUGAUCCUUGUUUGUGGGGUGGUGUUCUCUGUGACCCUAAUAAGUUGGUGGUCUCUCUCAACCUAUCAAGUUCUCAUAUUAUGGGUGAGAUAGGACCAGAAAUCUCCAUGUUAACACAACUGAAAUCAUUGAAUUUAAGCUCCAACUAUAUCUCUGGAACAAUUCCUUCACAGAUAGGCAAUUGCAGCCGUAUUCAACAAUUAGACUUGGCUAACAACAUCCUUUCUGGGAAGAUACCCAAAAGCGUUGGAAACUUGUUAGAUUUAAUGUAUUUGGAUUUGUCUUAUAACCAAUUUAUAAGUCUUCCACCUGAUUUGGGAAACUGUAGUAACCUGGAACAAUUUGCGGUUGUGGGUUGUGGGUUAACUGGUCCAGUCCCCUCUUCUUUUGGCCAACUUACCAAGGUGACUCUCCUUUACCUUUCCAUUAACCAGCUUUCAGGAAACAUACCUCCUCAGCUUGCCAAUUGCACCUCUUUGACUGAUCUCCAACUAAACGAUAAUCAACUUGAGGGUAGUAUUCCAAGUGAACUCGGUAGACUUAAGUUAACAACCCUUUAUUUGUUUACGAACCGUUUAACAGGUGAGGUUCCAAUGAGUAUUUGGAAAAUCGACACGCUGGAAAACCUUCUUAUUAAUGGGAAUGGUCUUUUUGGUGAACUGCCCAUUGAAAUCGUGCAGCUGAAGCACUUGAAAGUAUUUACCUUAUAUGACAAUCAUUUCUUUGGUGUCAUACCACAAAGCUUAGGAAUCAAUGACAGUCUCACCAUAGUUGAUUUCUAUAAUAACUCCUUCUCUGGACCAAUCCCUCCAAAUCUUUGUUCCGGGAACCAACUGGAGAGGCUGAUUUUGGGGUUUAAUUCUUUCCAAGGGAGUAUUCCUUCUGAGUUUGGAAACUGUGCGAGUCUUAAACGAUUGAUUAUAAAUAACAGUAAUCUCACAGGGGUUCUUCCACACUUUGUCAAUACUCCAAACAUGUUACACAUGAACCUUGAGGGCAACCGGUUCACUAGACAAAUUCUGGGUAGCUUUGGUAAGCUUACUAAUAUUACAUUAAUUAAUCUCUCAAAGAAUAGGCUUUCAGGUCUUUUACCAAUGGAGCUAGGAAACCUCCUGUGGCUUCAGGCUCUGGACCUAUCACACAAUGCGCUGGAAGGUCCUUUGCCGCCUGAAUUAGCUAGUUGCAGCAUGCUGUUGAAGUUUAAUGCAAGUCAUAACUUUUUCAAUGGCUCAAUUCCAACCGCUUUGCAGACCAUGUCAAGGUUGUCGACUCUUGAUUUAAGCCAAAAUCAAUUCUCAGGAAGCAUUCCAACUUUCAUAUCCGAACUCAAAGCUCUAGUAGAUCUUCAACUUGGUGGAAACACAUUACGUGGAAUGAUACCUUCAUCAGUAAUAGAGUUGGAGAGACUUGUCACAUUGAAUUUCAGCUACAACGGUCUGACAGGUCGUAUUCCUUCAAAUUUCAGUAAACUGGUUAUGUUACAGAAUUUGGAUGUUUCUCAUAACCAUCUAACCAACAAUUUAGCAUCACUUUCAGAGCUUCAUGUGUUAGCCAACCUCAACCUCUCGUACAAUCUCUUCAUUGGUCCGAUACCAGCAAAUUUGGUGAAAUUUUUGAACUCUUCAUUCUUGGAAAAUCCAGGUCUUUGUGUUGAUUGUGGACUAGAUAACUGUGAUGUUGUCAGCAGAAAUUUCAGACAUUGCACCAGUCAUUCAGACCAGACGAGUCUUACCAAGUUCCAAACUGCAAUGGUAGCUCUUGGGGCAUCAGCAUUUCUGUUUGCAGUUAUUGGACUUGGUUUCAUGUUCCAUUCUGGGCAAAGAGAAAAACAUGAUAUCGAAGAUCGUUCUUUGUUUCACAAAGUAAUGGAAGCUACAGAGGAUCUAAAUGACAGGUACAUUAUCGGGCGAGGGACCCAUGGAACUGUGUAUAAGGCUUCAUUGGGUCCAGAUGGAGUGUAUGCUGUAAAGAAACUAAUGUUUGGAGGCAGUAAGGAAGGAAUCACGAGCAUGGUUCGAGAGGUUGAGACAAUUGGUAAGGUGAGACACAGAAAUCUUGUGAGAUUGGAGGAUAUUCAGAUGGAAAAAGAUUAUGGUUUGAUACUAUACAAGUAUAUGCAGAAUGGUAGUCUUCAUGAUAUUCUGCAUGAGGUACAUCCACCUCCAUUGUUAGAUUGGAGUAUUCGUUGUAAAAUAGCUCUCGGAACUGCCCACGGUCUAGCAUAUCUCCAUUUUGACUGCGAUCCGCCUGUUGUUCACAGAGAUAUAAAACCUAUGAACAUUCUUUUGGAUGAAGAGAUGGAACCACAUAUCUCAGAUUUUGGCAUUGCAAAGCUUCUAGAUCAAUCAUCUCCAACACUAAUGAGUGGCACACUUCGGGGCACCAUUGGCUACAUUGCUCCAGAAUGCGCAUUUACAUCAAAGGAAAGCAAGGAGUGUGAUGUGUAUAGUUAUGGGGUUGUGUUACUAGAACUGAUAACCAGAAGGAAGGCAGUUGAUCCUUCUUUUUCAGAUACAGAUGGAUUAGACCUUGUGAAGUGGCUUGCGUUGAGGUGUACAGAAACGGAAUCAAGUAGAAGACCAUCAAUGAGAGACGUGGUCAAAGAAUUGGAAGAUGUAUAUGCAGCAAUCCGAAACAAUCUUAGUGGAACGGAAAGUGUACUCAACCGUACCGAUCUUGCGGGUAGUGAACGUCUUUGCAAAAGCGGGUCAACCGGGGACCGGUUACAGGAAACUCAACCCAUCAACAAAAGUUUAAAACAGAAAGUAGCUGGAACUAAGGGAAAAUAUUUUGGUCACAAAACAGUCGCAACAAGACCAAAACCAGUCCAGUCGCAAGAAGGUUGCAACAAGGCCAUAUCCAGUUCGGUUGCAAAACGGUCGCAACAAGGCCAUAACCAGAAGCGGUCGCAAAUUUUGCAAUCGUUUUUGUAG